AUGGGGCUGCUUUCCCGCUUCUCGUCUGACUCCGAGCCGACUUGGGGCAAGGUUCUUGCAGGAUUGGGGAGCCUUGCGGCUGGUGGUGCCAUCUACUGGCUGCUCUCUAGACAUUUGGGCUGGCACCGUCCAAAGCGGGUGCGCGUUGCCAGCUUGUACGUGUACCCCAUCAAGGGCUGUAAAGGCCAUUCGCUCUCAAAGGCACGUCUUACGAAGUGGGGGAUCGAAGACGAUCGAACGUACAUGAUCGUGAACGACAAAAUGGAGUUUGUUUCACAACGCGAGCUACCCCGCAUGGCCCUCAUCCAUCCAGACCUGCCAACCUCAAAAGGCAUCAUGAUGCGCGUGGCUCCGGGGGAGGCUGCGGACCCGCUGCUUGUGCCGCUGAAGGUAGAUGGCCCAGAGAAGAAGGUCAGAGUUUGGGAGGACUGGGUACCGGCAAUAGAUCAAGGUGACGAGGUGGCAAAGUGGCUUUCAAGCUACUUGCGGAUUGAUGGCCUGCGGCUAGUUAGAAUCGCCAAGACGGCUCAACGAACUACGGACCCCAAGUACGGCAUUGGAGAGACUGCCUUCUCUGACGGCUUCCCAGUGCUUGUGACAUCGCAAGCCUCCAUCGAUGCAAUUCGCAGAAGAGUGAAAAAUGCAGGGGGCCCGGUUGUGGGCAUUGACCGCUUUCGACCGAACAUCCAUGUGGAAGGUUGUGGGCCUUUUCAAGAGGACGAGAUGCGGUCAUUGUCCCUUCCAGGAGUGCAGCUGCCAUUGGUGAAGCCUUGCUCCCGCUGCACUGUCCCUGGAAUUGACCAGCAGACCGGGACGCGAACGACGCAGACAGGAGGCGCUGUGACGAAGACCCUGCGAGAGCACCGUUCUGGACGCUUGAUGGCCCAGAGUGCAGCGCUGCACAAGGGCUUCUUUAGUGAAUCCAGAAGAGCAGAUGAUGUCUAUUUCGGGCAGAACGCGCUGGUUUUUCUCGACCACAGUGGGGUGGAGAUUUCCGUCGGCGACAUUGCGGCCGUGGCAUGGUUUCGUGUCAAGGAGGUAAAGAUAAAAGACACGGACUUGUUGGCUGCCGAGUUUGACUUCGUCCAACGGCCCUUGCGCCACCUGGCGCCACAUUUUGCCAUGCGCCAGCUCGUGGGCCACGAAGGCUAUUAUGAUCUGUUUUGUGAGUUAGGCUUCGAGCAGCUGUUCGGCUCCGAGAUCAACGAGAACCCGCGGCGCUUUAUCCUUAGGAACUGCAACACCAAGCACCUCUUCGAGGACGUUUGCUACGUCAUGCAAGGUUCCGGGGCCUGUGCUCGUCAUGGUGGCCGCUGCAGCGUGCCUGGCGGGGAGGUGGACAUUUUCGUCGGAGGUUUUCCUUGCACUCCGUAUUCUUUUUGCAAUCCCAAGCGGUUCAAGAGGAACUGCUUUACUGAACCUGCAGCCGUGCCCUUCUUCGAGAUGCGAAAGUUCAUCGCGGAGAGGAGACCGCGGUUGGUGAUCCUGGAGAAUGUGAAGGGUUUGCUCGCACCGAAUCCGGAAACCGAGCACCCUCCUAUCGAUUUUAUUCUUCGAGGCCGAAACCCUGAAAGCCAAGAGGACUGUUAUCAGGGCACUGAGCCCAACGCUGAUUGGGGGUUGAGCCUCAUCGAAGGCUAUGGGCUUCGAUGGGACAUAUUGUAUUCCUACGAUUGGGGCCUUCCACAGAGCCGGCCCCGUGUGUACAUCGUUAUGGUAAGGGAGGAUGCUGGUGGUCAGAAAGCUGCCGAGCGCAUCUUCGAUGUGCUGACUGCCUGUGCCGGUCGACUUCCGCGAGGGUCAUGCAACGAUUUCCUUUUUCCAGAGGGUCAUCCGAAGCUGGAGCUGGCAAAAUCUCGGGUCGGCAGGUGCGGAGGCGGUCCGCGCAAGGCCUGCACCAAGUUUACCGAGGCUCUGUUCAGGACAAAGCGACAAGAGCUGGGCAUCGCGGCCUCGGAUCGACCUUACUCCAAGGAUCGUGCGGCCGGCUGGUUUCCACAGGCUACUGCACGCUUGGCUGCAUUUGGGCACGGGUAUGUGGAGUGA